AUGGCGGAGGAUGGCGAAGAACCAAAGGCAAAGGCGAAGGAAGUGUUAUGCGAAGAGUGCAAAGCCAAACCCUCCAAGUACAAAUGCCCCGGUUGCUCCAUCCGCUCCUGCAGCCUCCCCUGCGUCAAAGCUCACAAGUCUCGCACCUCUUGUUCCGGCAAGAGGAGCCAAACCCACUUCGUCCCCAUCUCCCAGAUGGACGAUAAUCUCCUCCUCUCCGACUACAGUCUGCUUGAGGAAGUGAAGAGGGUUGCUGAUUCUGCUCAGAGGUUGAGAAACAAGCUGUGCAAAUAUAAUCACUUCAGGCUGCCCUUUUUUCUUAAGUGCCUCCGCAAUGCUGCUUACAGCCGCAGAACAAAGCUCUUGUUUCUGCCUCCUGGGAUGUCUAAAAGGGACACUAAUCAGACCCGAUACGAUACGAGGAAAAAAUGCAUCACUUGGACGAUUGAGUGGCAGUUUCAUUCGACUGACGUUGUUCUAAUUGACCAUGGAGUAAAUGAAUACAUGAACCUCUCUUCUGUUCUUGAAGACCAUUUACAGCCUGGGCCGUGGAAUCAUCAGCUGAGGCCAUUCUGUACAGAGCAGCUGGAUGGUCUCAAACUUUUCAUCCGUACACGGCCAAAGGGUACCAGGUCACCUUACCGUAAGUUAGAUUUGAGAAUUCCAAUCAGGCAGCAAUUAGCCAACCUGGAUAUUUUGGAAUACCCUGUCAUAUAUGUUUUUCUUCCUUCACACAGUAUUGAUUUUGAAGUAGUUAAAGAUGUCACUCGUAAUGUUCACAAACAAGAGAUUCAGAAUUAUGGAAGCAUUGACCCAAGUGCAGGAGGUGUGCCUUUUAAGGAGGAGGAAAUAGAAGAGGACAACAGCUGCCCUAAGGUGUUAGAUCUAAUGGGACAUGAGACUUCAGUUUCGCUGCCUCAUCCCAACAACAGCAGGUGUGAAAAAGAAAUAAUUAAUUCAUCAGAUAAAGCUUUGCCUGCAACAAUAGCAGCAGAAAUUGGUUCACGUUCCAGCUCCAAGGAUAAGGAAAAAGGACUUUUUGAAGACAUGGAGUUUGAUUUUGAUCAAGGCUUAAUAGACUCUUAUUCAGAUCUUAUUGCUGAAAUUAAUCCUGAUGAUUUUCUUGAUUUGGAUGGUGAAGGGAUAGAUAGAAAUCUUUCAGGUAUCAGGGAUUUCUUAUUAUCAGAUGAUGACAUAGAGGAAGGGCAAAUAUUAGAAUGAUGGGACUCGUUAGAUUCCCUGAACGGAAUCAAAAGAGGGAAUUUCAGAGGAGCAUAACCCCCUAGAGUUCGCUGACAAUUUCAAGUAUAGUGCCUUUGGUGGUAUUGAGCUGGCUGAAUCAUAUACUGCUGAGUAAUUUCUAUAAUAUCCGAUCUAGGAAAGUUGGAUUUAUUUGUGUGAAUUCUCAAGUGGUAUUUGUAGUACUAGCGUUUCCAUCAUCUGUCACUUCUCAAUUUCUCAAACUUAAGUCCAGAAAUUGGUUUCUGUCCUGGUUG